CAAUACGUACACACACUUGAAAUAUCAAAAGAUGUCCGACUAUAAAGAAGAUGGCAAAUUUAAGAUCUUACCAGUUUCACAGCUAGGUGCAUACAAUCAAAACCGAAAUUACCUGAACACUUUUUAUAAGAAAAGGACCCCACAAAAAUGUCUCCACUAAUUUUAGUGGGGAUACUUAUCUCUACGGCCCUAGCUGACGUGUCACACGUCAAAGGGGGUUCAGUAGCAUCUCCGGCAAACCCAAGUGAAGUGAAUUCUCUAGUCAAUAAUGCUAAAACGAAAACAGACGGCCCACAACAAUAUUGGUGGCAGGGGCCCAAUAGUCCCAUGAAAGCGGCCUAUGACUAUUAUAAGAAAUGUUCAAAGACAGGAAAUUGCUUGCCACCAGUAAGCCUCCUUCCUGGCAACCAAAAGGAAGGCGAAGUUCAACUGCAACCAAUCGAUCUCAAGAAAAAUCCAUUUUUAAACGGGGUUUAUGAAGCCGGAAGUUCUGCUGACUUCUCCAGGUCUUCGUCUGAGACGAAAUCCAAUGGAGCCUCUCUUGAUAGUGACGCGUCCAAUGCGAGAUUUGCGAUAACUGGAAACGGUGAAACAGUCCGUAAUAACGGUUUCUUGGGCGUCCAGCCCAAAAAACCCGGUUUCGCUACCACCCAAGCUCCCCUAGAAAACAAAAAAUCUCUUGACACUUCUCACGAAAAUGAUCCUCAACCUUUUGGUUUAGGAGCCAACGAUGAGGACAACGAGGUAUCUCCCAGCCAGAGGAUUCCAUGCAAAGGUGACGGAAAAGUGUGCGUGCCCAAGGACGCUUGCGUCAAUGGUGUGGUCACCAAACAUAGAGGAAGCGCCUUGCAGAUCAAACAAAAUGUUGAAUACUGCAACAAAAAUAAGGAAUCUUGCUGUGACUUAUCCGCUCAUGGAAGCUCGUUCCCCACCAGUAUAAACGAUUUAUUGGACAACACUGUAAAAAAUUCGGCUCAAAGUUCAACCUUCAAAUUUUCAGGAAACUCUGGUACUUCGCAAGGACAAGUACAAAUCAUUACCGAUGAUUCGCCAGAUGCCAAGCCUCAAAUUUCCCAUGAUGGUGAAAGUGGCUCUAAGUAUAAAGCGAAUACUGCUAAGCCUACAAGAGAUAUUAGCCCAAGUGCAAAUUCCAUCUUCUCUUCUACGCCCGACUACAGCAAUGUGCAAUUUGACAGUGACGUUAGGUUUUCUUCCACAAUUAGGGGUCCACCGUAUUUACCCCCAUUAGAACCUGACACAGAACCUACAAUUAUAACAUAUACUCCUCCUACACCUAGACCAUGUCCAUCAGGUACAUAUUUGACUUCAACUGGACAAUGUGAACCUAUUGUCACUCCCCGUCCGCCAUGUCCAUUCGGAACUACGAGGCAACCCGAUGGUACUUGCGCUAAACCUACACCUCAGCCAUGCCCAGUCGGUACGGAAAGACAGCCUGAUGGACGAUGCAGAAAACCAGAACCACCACCAUGUCCUUUUGGCACAACUCGACAGCCAGAUGGUAGUUGUGGCAGACAACCAGCAAUAUACUGUCCACCCGGAACUCAGCAGUUACCAGAUGGAACCUGUGUAAAACCUUCGCCGCCACCAUGCCCUUUUGGUACAGUUAGAGGACCAGAUGGUAGCUGUAAGAGCCCACAACCACAGCCAUGUCCAUUUGGCACUGUACGACAGCCUGAUGGAACAUGCAUAAAGCCAGCACCACCACCAUGUCCAUCUGGCACUCUGAGACAACCAGAUGGUAGCUGUAGAAAACCUGAACCGCUACCAUGUCCAUUUGGUACCAUACGACAACCCGAUGGGAGCUGCUUAAAGCCAACGCCUCGACCUUGUCCAUCCGGAACCGUUAGGCAACGAGAUGGUAGUUGUAGAACACCUGAACUACCACCAUGUCCAUUUGGCACCAUUCGACAGCCAGAUGGAUCUUGUUCAAGGCCAGAACCACCACCAUGUCCAUCCGGCACAAUAAGACAACCAGAUGGUAGUUGCAGAAAACCUCAACCACCACCAUGUCCAUUUGGCACCAUCCGCCAGCCAGAUGGAUCUUGUACAAGGCCAGAACCACCACCAUGCGCAUCCGGCACUGUUAGACAACCAGAUGGUAGUUGUAGGAGACCUGAACCACCACCAUGUCCAUUUGGCACCAUCCGUCAGCCUGACGGAUCUUGUACAAGGCCAGAACCACCACCAUGCCCAUCCGGUACUGUUAGACAGCCAGAUGGUAGUUGUAGGAGACCUGAACCACCACCAUGUCCGUUUGGAACCGUAAGACAGCCUGAUGGAAGUUGUGAAAGGCCAGCCCCACCACCAUGUCCUUCCGGUACAAUUAGACAACCAGAUGGUAGCUGCAGAAAACCUGAACCACCACCAUGUCCAUUUGGUACAAUUAGACAACCCGAUGGUAGUUGUAGAAAACCUGAGCCACCACCAUGUCCGUUUGGUACCGUAAGACAGCCUGAUGGAAGCUGUGAAAGACCUGCACCACCACCAUGUCCAUCUGGCACAAUUAGACAACCAGAUGGUAGUUGUAGAAAACCUGAACCACCACCAUGUCCAUUUGGCACCAUCCGUCAGCCUGACGGAUCUUGUACAAGGCCAGAACCACCACCAUGCCCAUCCGGCACUGUUAGACAGCCUGAUGGUAGUUGUAGGAGACCUGAACCACCGCCAUGUCCGUUUGGUACCUUAAGACAGCCUGAUGGAAGCUGUAAAAGACCAGCACCACCACCAUGUCCAUCCGGUACAAUUAGACAACCAGAUGGUAGUUGUAGAAAACCUGAACCACCACCAUGUCCAUUUGGCACCAUCCGUCAGCCUGACGGAUCUUGUAGAAGGCCAGAACCACCACCAUGCCCAUCCGGUACUGUUAGACAGCCAGAUGGUAGUUGUAGGAGACCUGAACCACCACCAUGUCCGUUUGGAACAGUAAGACAGCCUGAUGGAAGUUGUGAAAGGCCAGCCCCACCACCAUGUCCUUCCGGUACAAUUAGACAACCAGAUGGUAGUUGUAGAAAACCUGAGCCACCACCAUGUCCGUUUGGUACCGUAAGACAGCCUGAUGGAAGCUGUGAAAGGCCAGCACCGCCACCAUGUCCAUCAGGCACAAUUAGACAACCAGAUGGUAGUUGUAGGAGACCUGAACCACCACCAUGUCCUUUUGGUACCAUAAGACAGCCUGAUGGAAGCUGUGAAAGGCCAGCACCACCACCAUGUCCAUUCGGUACAAUUAGACAACCCGAUGGUAGUUGUAGGAAACCUGAACCACCACCAUGUCCCUUUGGUACCGUACGACAACCUGAUGGAAGCUGUGAAAGACCAGCACCACCACCAUGUCCAUCCGGCACAAUUAGACAACCCGAUGGUAGUUGUAGGAAACCGGAACCACCACCAUGUCCGUUUGGUACCGUAAGACAACCUGAUGGAAGCUGUGAAAGGCCAGCACCACCACCAUGUCCAUCAGGCACAAUUAGACAACCAGAUGGUAGUUGUAGGAAACCAGAACCACCACCCUGUCCGUUUGGUACCGUAAGACAGCCUGAUGGAAGCUGUGAAAGGCCAGCACCACCACCAUGCCCAUCCGGCACAAUUAGACAACCCGAUGGUAGUUGUAGAAAACCAGUACCACCACCAUGUCCCUUUGGUACCGUACGACAACCUGAUGGAAGCUGUGAAAGACCAGCACCACCACCGUGUCCAUCUGGCACAAUUAGACAACCAGAUGGUAGUUGUAGGAAACCGGAACCACCACCAUGUCCGUUUGGUACCGUAAGACAGCCUGAUGGAAGCUGCGAAAGGCCAGCACCACCACCAUGUCCAUCCGGCACAAUUAGACAACCAGAUGGUAGUUGUAGAAAACCCGAACCACCACCAUGUCCUUCAGGUACUGUAAGACAAUUUGAUGGUAGUUGUAGAACUCCAGAGCCAGUUCCAUGUCCAUUUGGAUCAACAAGACAGCCGGAUGGAUCCUGUCAAAGACCGACACCAACACCUCCUCCAUACUGUCCUUCUGGAACGGUGAAACAGCCAGACGGUAGCUGUAUUAAACCAACACCUAUACCGUGUCCAUUUGGAACUGUAAGACAACCUGAUGGAACAUGCUUAAAACCAAGACCUUUACCGUGUCCUUUGGGAACUGUAAGACAGCCUGAUGGAAGUUGUGAGAAACCGAUUGAACCAUCGCCGUCUUGUCCACAUAGUGUUGUGACAAAACCAGGCGAACCGUGUAAGUGCCCACAAGGAUAUGUACUUCAAAAUGAUGGUAGUUGCAUAAAAGUAGUAUUACCACCCUGUCCUUUUGGAACAAUCAGACAAAAUGAUGGAAGUUGUAUAAAACCAAAUCCUCCGCCUUGUCCAUCUGGUACAGUAAGACAGCCUAAUGGUUCUUGUCAAAAAACAACAAUAGAACCAUAUUGUCCCUCAGGAACAACUAAACAGCCAGAUGGAAGCUGUAUCCGCCCAACACCGACACCAUGUCCUUUUGGUACCAUUAGGCAACCCAACGGCAACUGUGUUAAACCUACUCCAUCUCCUUGCCCUAUAGGAUUUAGAAGACUACCUAAUGGAGAUUGUGCAAAACCAACACCAGAACCCUGUCCAGAAGGUACGAGAAGAGAGUCUGAUGGAAGGUGUGUCCAACCAACGCCAUAUUGUCCUUCUGGUACAGUUAGACAAACUGACGGUAGCUGUAGAAAACCUACACCUGAACCGUGUCCCCCAGGUACCAUCCGACAACCAGACGGAUUUUGUGAACGGCCAACACCUGCUCCAUGUCCAUUUGGUACUAUAAGGCAGCCCGAUGGCAGCUGUGAAAGACCUACACCUAAACCUUGUCCUUCAGGUACCAUUCGACAACCAGAUGGAUCUUGUGAACGUCCAGCAUGUCCAUUUGGAACCAUAAGACAACCAGAUGGCAGCUGUGAGAAACCAACUCCUUCUCCAUGUCCUUCGGGCACCGUUCGACAACCUGAUGGCUCAUGUUCACGUCCAACACCAGCUCCAUGUCCAUUUGGCACUAUAAGACAACCCGAUGGCAGCUGUGGAAGGCCUACACCUAGACCCUGUCCUUCAGGCACUAUUAGACAACCAGAUGGAUCAUGUGAACGUCCAACACCUGCACCAUGUCCGUUUGGAACCAUAAGACAACCAGAUGGCAGCUGUGAGAGACCUACUCCAGUUCCAUGUCCUUCGGGUACCGUUCGACAACCUGAUGGCUCAUGUUCACGUCCAACUCCAGCUCCAUGUCCAUUUGGCACUAUAAGACAACCCGAUGGCAGCUGUGGAAGGCCUACACCUAGACCCUGUCCUUCAGGCACUAUUAGACAACCAGAUGGAUCAUGUGAACGUCCAACACCUGCACCAUGUCCGUUUGGAACCAUAAGACAACCAGAUGGCAGCUGUGAGAGACCUACUCCUGCUCCAUGUCCUUCAGGCACCGUUCGACAACCUGAUGGCUCAUGUUCACGUCCAACACCAGCUCCAUGUCCAUUUGGCACUAUAAGACAACCCGAUGGCAGCUGUGGAAGGCCUACACCUAGACCCUGUCCUUCAGGCACUAUUAGACAACCAGAUGGAUCAUGUGAACGUCCAACACCUGCACCAUGUCCGUUUGGAACCAUAAGACAACCAGAUGGCAGCUGUGAGAGACCUACUCCUGCUCCAUGUCCUUCGGGUACCGUUCGACAACCUGAUGGCUCAUGUUUACGUCCAACUCCAUCUCCAUGUCCAUUUGGCACUAUAAGACAACCCGAUGGUAGCUGUGAAAGACCUACACCUGCACCUUGUCCUUCGGGCACUAUUAGACAACCUGAUGGCUCAUGUCAACGUCCCACACCUGCCCCAUGUCCAUUUGGUACUACAAGACUUCCCGACGGCAGUUGUGAAAAACCGACUCCUGCACAUUGUACUUCUGGAACUAUUCGACAACCUGACGGAUCUUGUCGAAGACCAACACCACAGCCUUGUCCAUUUGGAACUGAAAGACAGCCCGAUGGAACCUGUUUACAACCAGCACCGUACUGUCCUUCCGGCACAGUUAAACAAGCUGAUGGAAGCUGCAAAAAACCUACACCUGAACCGUGUCCCCCAGGUACUAUCCGACAACCAGACGGAUUUUGUGAACGGCCAACACCAUCUCCUUGUCCAUUUGGCACUAUAAGACAGCCCGAUGGCAGUUGUGAAAGGCCUACGCCAAGACCUUGUCCUUCAGGAACUAUCCGUCAACCAGAUGGAACAUGUGAACGCCCAACACCUGCACCAUGUCCGUUUGGAACCAUAAGACAACCAGACGGCAGCUGUGAGAGACCUACUCCAGCUCCAUGUCCUUCGGGCACCGUUCGACAACCUGACGGCUCAUGUUCACGUCCAACCCCAGCUCCUUGCCCAUUUGGAACUAUACAACAACCCGAUGGCAGCUGUAAGAGGCCUACACCAAGACCUUGUCCUUCGGGUACUAUCCGUCAACCAGAUGGAUCAUGUGAACGUCCAACACCUGCACCAUGUCCGUUUGGAACCAUAAGACAACCAGACGGCGGCUGUGAGAGACCUACUCCUUCUCCAUGUCCUUCGGGCACCGUUCGACAACCUGACGGCUCAUGUUCACGUCCAACCCCAGCUCCUUGUCCAUUUGGCACUAUACGACAGCCCGAUGGCAGCUGUGAAAAGCCUACACCAAGACCUUGUCCUUCAGGUACUAUCCGUCAACCAGAUGGGUCGUGUGAACGUCCAACACCGGCACCAUGUCCGUUUGGAACCAUAAGACAACCAGAUGGCAGCUGUGAGAGACCUACUCCUGCUCCAUGCCCUUCAGGCACUGUUCGACAACCUGAUGGCUCAUGUUCACGUCCAACCCCAACUCCUUGUCCAUUUGGCACUAUAAGACAGCCAGAUGGCAGCUGUGAAAGGCCUACACCAAGACCUUGUCCUUCAGGAACUAUCCGUCAACCAGAUGGAACAUGUGAACGCCCAACACCUGCACCAUGUCCGUUUGGAACCAUAAGACAACCAGAUGGCAGCUGUGAGAGGCCUACUCCUGCUCCAUGUCCUUCGGGUACUAUCCGUCAACCAGAUGGAUCAUGUGAACGUCCAACACCUGCACCAUGUCCGUUUGGAACCAUAAGACAACCAGACGGCAGCUGUGAAAGACCUACUCCUGCUCCAUGUCCUUCGGGCACCGUUCGACAACCUGAUGGCUCAUGUUCACGUCCAACCCCAGCUCCUUGUCCAUUUGGCACUAUAAGACAGCCCGAUGGCAGCUGUGAAAGGCCUACACCAAGACCUUGUCCUUCGGGCACUAUCCGUCAACCAGAUGGAUCAUGUGAACGUCCCACACCCGCUCCAUGUCCGUUUGGAACCAUAAGACAACCAGAUGGCAGCUGUGAGAGACCUACUCCUGCUCCAUGUCCUUCGGGCACCGUUCGACUACCUGAUGGCUCAUGUUCACGUCCAACCCCAGCUCCUUGUCCAUUUGGCACUAUAAGACAGCCCGAUGGCACCUGUGAGAGACCUACACCUAAACCUUGUCCUUCAGGUACUAUUCGUCAACCAGAUGGAUCAUGCCAACGUCCAACACCUGCUCCAUGUCCAUUUGGUACCAUCAGACAACCCGACGGUAGCUGCGAGAAACCUACACCCAGACCUUGUCCUAGAGGUACUAUUCGCCAACCAGAUGGAUCAUGUCAACGACCAACUCCGGCCCCCUGUCCCUUCGGAACAGUGAGACAACCUGACGGUAGCUGCACAAAGCCAAACCGGGAUUAUUUACCACCUGUAACAACGCAGUAUGUACCAACCGUCACCCAAAAACCAUAUCAACCAUUAGUAACACCUAGUAAACCAUUCCAACCAUCGGUCACAUCACAGAAACCAUUAAUAACACCUUAUCCAUCUACUCCACAACCAUCUAGUUUAAGACCAUUUCAACCAUCUUUAACGACACAGAGGCCUUUUAUUACUUUAACACCACAACAACCUGAUUACACUACCAGACGUCCUUGUCCCCCUGGUCAAAUUUUGUCUACUUUCGGUUCAUGUACUUAUCCUCAAAAACCUAAACCGCAAUGUAGCACUGAACAAUACUUAUCUAAAAGUGGUGUAUGCACUGCUAAAAACAUAACACAUUCUGCAUGUAGUCCUGGGCAAAUCUUAGUUUCAGGAGCAUGCAUCUAUCCUACUCAGACAUCUCCUAAACCAUUGCCAACAUGUCCACCCGGUCAACUUCUAUCUACUAACGGGGACUGCUAUGCAUCAUGUAAGCCUGGGCAAUCUCUAUCCCCUUCGGGAAUUUGUGAAUAUCCUAAGUCCAAAAUAACUUGUAGGCCUGGACAAGUCUUAUCAGAAUCUGGCAUAUGUAUAUAUCCUCAAACACCGUCAACAACUCUGAGACCAACUUGUCCACCCGGACAAAUCCCAUCUUUAUCCGGUAGGUCCUGCGAAUUUCCAAAAACACCUCGUCCGACACCUCCAACACAACGUCCAUAUUGUCCUAUUGGAACCAAAUUAUCCCACAGUACCAAUAAAUGUGAACCUAUUCAACAAACUACCGGAUACACUUACCCUACACCUUCAAUAACAUUCCCCACCCCUAAACCUAGCCCAAGGUGUAAACCUGGACAAAGCCUAUCUCCAACAGGUAUCUGUGUAUAUCCAGGUAAACCUACAUCAGCCCCUACUUGCAGGCCAGGUCAAAUUAAAUCUAGCACCGGAGUAUGCGAAUACCCACGAAAGACACAAUGUUCUCCUGGCCAAUUUUUAUCAGAAAAUGGAGAUUGCGUAUAUCCCUCUUCAUCUACUCUUAGACCUCAAACUAGUUGCCUACCAGGGCAAAUUUUAACACCUUCGGGAAUUUGUGACUAUCCAAAGUCCAAAAUAACCUGUAGACCUGGACAAGUCUUAUCAGAAUCUGGCAUUUGUAUAUAUCCUCAAACACCAUCUACAACUCUAAGACCAACUUGUCCGCCCGGACAAAUCCCAUCCUUAUCGGGUAGGUCUUGCGAAUUUCCAAAAACACCUCGUCCGACACCCCCAACACAACGUCCAUAUUGUCCGUUUGGAACUAGAUUAUCUCCAAGUACAAACAAAUGUGAACCUAUCCAACAAACUACAGGAUACACUUACCCAACAACAUCAAUAACAUUCCCAACCUCCACACCUAGUCCAAGGUGUAAACCUGGACAAAGCCUAUCCCCAACAGGUAUCUGUGUAUAUCCAGGUAAACCUACACCAGCCCCUACUUGUAGGCCAGGUCAAAUUAAAUCUAGCACCGGAGUAUGCCAAUACCCACGAAAGACACAAUGUUCUCCUGGCCAAUUUUUAUCAGAAAAUGGAGAUUGCGUAUAUCCCUCUUCAUCUACUCUUAGACCUCAAACUAGUUGCCUACCAGGGCAAAUUUUAACACCUUCGGGAAUUUGUGACUAUCCAAAGUCCAAAAUAACCUGUAGACCUGGACAAGUCUUAUCAGAAUCUGGCAUUUGUAUAUAUCCUCAAACGCCAUCUACAACUCUAAGACCAACUUGUCCGCCCGGACAAAUCCCAUCCUUAUCCGGUAGGUCUUGCGAAUUUCCAAAAACACCUCGUCCGACACCUCCAACAGUCCCAACACAACGUCCAUAUUGUCCUUUUGGAACCAGAUUAUCCCCAAGUACAAACAAAUGUGAACCUAUCCAGCAAACUACAGGAUACACUUACCCAACACCGUCAAUAACAUUCACAACCUCGACACCUAGUCCAAGGUGUAAACCGGGACAAAGCCUAUCCCCAACAGGUAUCUGUGUAUAUCCAGGUAAACCUACACCAGCCCCUACUUGCAGGGCAGGUCAAAUUAAAUCUAGCACAGGAGUCUGCGAAUACCCUCCAAAGACACCAUGUUCUCCUGGCCAAUUUUUAUCAGAAAAUGGAGAUUGCAUAUAUCCCUCUUCAUCUACUCUUAGACCGCAAACUAGUUGCCUGCCAGGGCAAAUUUUAACACCUUUGGGAAUUUGUGACUAUCCAAAGUCCAAAAUAACCUGUAGACCUGGACAAGUGUUAUCAGAAUCUGGCAUUUGUAUAUAUCCUCAAACACCAUCUACUACUCUAAGACCAACUUGUCCGCCCGGACAAAUCCCAUCCUUAUCCGGUAGGUACUGCGAAUUUCCAAAAACACCUCGUCCGACACCCCCAACACAACGUCCAAAUUGUCCGUUUGGAACUAGAUUAUCUCCAAGUACAAACAAAUGUGAACCUAUCCAACAAACUACAGGAUACACUUAUCCAACACCGUCAAUAACAUUCCCAACCUCCACACCUAGUCCAAGGUGUAAACCUGGACAAAGCCUAUCCCCAACAGGUAUCUGUGUAUAUCCAGGUAAACCUACACCAGCCCUUAGUUGCAGGCCAGGUCAAAUUAAAUCUAGCACAGGAGUGUGUGAAUACCCUCCAAAGACACCAUGUUCUCCUGGCAAAUUUUUAUCAGAAAAUGGCGAUUGCGUAUAUCCCUCUUCAUCUACUUUUAGACCUCAAACUAGUUGCCUACCAGGGCAAAUUCUAACGCCUUCGGGAGUUUGUGACUAUCCAAAGUCCAAAAUAACAUGUAGACCUGGACAAGUCUUAUCAGAAUCUGGCAUUUGUAUAUAUCCUCAAACAACAUCUACAACUCUAAGACCAACUUGUCCACCCGGACAAAUCCCAUCCUUAUCCGGUAGGUCUUGCGAAUUUCCAAAAACACCUCGUCCAACACCUCCAACAGUCUCAACACAACGUCCAUAUUGUCCGUUUGGAACCAGACUAUCCCCAAGUACAAACAAAUGUGAACCUAUCCAACAAACUACAGGAUACACUUACCCAACACCGUCAAUAACAUUCCCAACCUCCACACCUAGUCCAAGUUGUAAACCUGGACAAAGCCUAUCCCCAACAGGUAUCUGUGUAUAUCCAGGUAAACCUACACCAGCCCCUACUUGCAGGCCAGGUCAAAUUAAAUCUAGCACAGGAUUCUGCGAAUACCCUCCAAAGACACCAUGUUCUCCUGGCCAAUUUUUAUCAAAAAAUGGAGAUUGCGUAUAUCCCUCUUCAUCUACUCUUAGACCGCAAACUAGUUGCCUACCAGGGCAAAUUUUAACACCUUCUGGAGUUUGUGACUAUCCAAAGUCCAAAAUAACCUGUAGACCUGGACAAGUCUUAUCAGAAUCUGGCAUUUGUAUAUAUCCUCAAACGCCAUCUACAACUCUAAGACCAACUUGUCCGCCCGGACAAAUCCCAUCCUUAUCCGGUAGGUCUUGCGAAUUUCCAAAAACACCUCGUCCGACACCUCCAACAGUCCCAACACAACGUCUAUAUUGUCCUUUUGGAACCAGAUUAUCCCCAAGUACAAACAAGUGUGAACCUAUCCAGCAAACUACAGGAUACACUUACCCAACACCGUCAAUACCAGUCCCAACCUCAACACCUAGUCCAAGGUGUAAACCUGGACAAAGCGUAUCCCCAACAGGUAUUUGUGUAUACCCAGGUAAACCUACACCAGCCCCUACUUGCAGGCCAGGUCAAAUUAAAUCUAGCACCGGAGUCUGCGAAGACCCAUCAAAGACACCAUGUUCUCCUGGCCAAUUUUUAUCAGACAAUGGAGAUUGCGUGUAUCCCUCUUCAUCUACUCAUAGACCGCAAACUAAUUGCCUACCAGGGCAAAUAUUAACACCUUCGGGAGCUUGUGAAUAUACAAAGUCCAAACUAACCUGUAGACCUGGACAAGUCUUAUCAGAGUCUGGCAUUUGUAUAUAUCCUCACACACCAUCCACAACUGUGAGACCAACUUGUCCACCCGGACAAAUCCUAUCCUUAUCCGGUAUGUCUUGCGAAUUUCCAAAAACACCUCGUCCAACACCUCCAACAGUCUCAACACAACGUCCAUAUUGUCCGUUUGGAACUAGAUUAUCUCCAAGUACAAACAAAUGUGAACCUAUCCAACAAACUGCAGGAUACACUUAUCCAACACCGUCAGCAACAUUCCCAACCUCAACACCUAGUCCAAGGUGUAAACCUGGACAAAGCCUAUCCCCAACAGGUAUUUGUAUAUACCCAGGUAAACCUACACCAACCCCUACUUGCAGGCCAGGUCAAAUUAAAUCUAGCACCGGAGUCUGCGAAUACCUUCGAAAGACACAAUGUUCUCCUGGCCAAUUUUUAUCAGAAAAUGGAGAUUGCGUAUAUCCCUCGUCAUCUACUCUUAGACCGCAAACUGGUUGCAUACCAGGGCAAAUUUUAACACCUUCGGGGGUUUGUGACUAUCCAAGGUCCAAAAUAACCUGUAGACCUGGACAAGUUUUAUCAGAAUCUGGCAUUUGUAUAUAUCCUCAAACACCAUCUACAACUCUAAGACCAACUUGUCCACCCGGACAAAUUCUAUCCUUAUCCGGUAGGUCUUGCGAAUUUACAAAAACAUCUCGUCCAACACCUCCAACAGUCUCAACACAACGUCCAUAUUGUCCGUUUGGAACCAGAUUAUCCCCAAGUACAAACAAAUGUGAACCUGUCCAACAAACUAUAGGAUACACUUACCCAACACCGUCAAUAACAUUCCCAACCUCAGCACCUAGUCCAAGGUGUAAACCUGGACAAAGCCUAUCCCCAACAGGUAUCUGUGUAUAUCCAGGUAAACCUACACCAGCCCCUACUUGCAAGCCAGGUCAAAUUAUAACUAUCACCGGAGUCUGCGAAUACCCAUCAAAGACACCUUGUUCCCCUGGCCAAUUUUUAUCAGACAAUGGAGAAUGUGUGUAUCCCUCUUCAUCUACACCUAAGCCGCAAAUCACUUGCCUACCAGGGCAAAUUUUGACCCCUUCGGGAGUUUGUCAAUUUAGUCCAAAGUCCAAAAUAACCUGUAGGCCUGGACAGGUUUUGUCAGAAUCUGGUAUUUGCGUAUAUCCUCAAACGCCAACAACUACAUCAAGAACAACGUGCCCACCUGGGCAAGUUCUAUCCUUGUCUGGUAGUGGUUGCGAGAUUCCAAAAACGUCUCGUCCGACUAUUCCAACCGUCUCCACACUACGUCCACAGUGUCCUUUCGGAACAAUACUCUCUCCUAGUACAAAAAAAUGUGAACGUAUUCAACAAACUACAGGGUAUAUCUACCCAACUCCGUCAGUAACAUUUCCCACCCCAACACGAUGCCCUACAGGUCAAAUAAAAAACCCGUUAGGGAAAUGUGAACCUGAGCCUCUAAAUUGUCCUUCUGGUUAUAUUAAAACUAAUUUUGGUAGAUGUGAGCCUAUCGGAGCUACUGUAGAUUGUCCUCUAGGUUAUGAAAAAAGUGCUGAAGGGAAUUGCGUACGUUCCAAAUCCACACCUUGUCCUUCUGGUACAUUUAGAACGCCUUUUGGUGAAUGUAGAACCAAGAAAUGCCCAAUCGGUAGUUCUCUAUCACCAAAUGGCCAAUGCACUUAUCCUAAUCCUACAGGCCAACCUACAGACACGAACACCCAUAAUAUUCCAUCUUAUCCUACUGAACAACCUUACAGGCCUCCCACGACCGAUGAUGGUUACCACUAUGACAGACCUUCUCCACCCUUUGAGCUACCUGGCACUGAUAGCUCUGUAACUAUUCCCGGACCAACAACCGAACAUGAAGGUAUGGAUUCCAAAAUCAAAGAAUCAAUACGGUUACCCGAUCACAAAGAAGAAAACGCUGAAUCUUCCAAAACUAACAACGUCUUAAUAAAACCUACUACCGAAGGUUCUACGAAAGGAGGAACCAGACCUGUUAAGACACCUACUAGGAGACCUCUACCAGACAACGGAGGAGACGAAGUCCAAGCCCCAGCAGGUUGUGCUGCCGCCUUGAAAUGUGUCCAAGAGAUUUAUUGUACAGCUGAAGGAGUGGUCUCACCGGUGCCUGUUGUUCUUACCAAAGAUCAAGAAUUAUUACGAGUCCCGACAACCGUAUGCAGAGACAUAGAAACUGGUAUCUUGGGUAAAUGCUGUCGCGAUCCCAACUACAAAGAUCCAUGGCCAUCUGCGAACUUAGUCGACGGGGUUGAUGACGGUCAGUACAAGGAAGAUAACUUCUACGGCCAACACCAACUUGUGAACUCCAAUAGACUGGCGAGGAAUGCUACCAGAGGAGUAAAAGGAAUCAGAAGGCAGACUGUUAAAAAAGUCGAGGAUGAGAUCAGAGCUGCGCAACCAACUUGCGGAGGAAGGAACUUGAACACAAGUCCAGUAGGACCAGGACCCUUAGAUGCCAAAUUCGCUGAAUAUCCAUGGCAAGCCAUGAUUUUGAGAGAUACCAACCGCAGCUUACUAUGUGGAGGUGCCAUCAUUGCUAGAGACGCAGUACUCACUGCUGCCCAUUGUAUUGAAGGGUUACAAACGUCUGACGUCCUUGUCAAAGGUGGAGAAUGGAAAUUGGGCAUUGAUGAAGAGCCAUUACCGUUCCAGAUUAUUAAAGUAGCUGCUAUAGUUAGGCAUCCAUCGUACAAACAAGACGGAUACGACUUAGCUAUCUUGAAGCUGACGGAGAAAUUCAGAUUGAGCAAGAACGUGGGUACCAUCUGUUUACCGGAUGCAAAGGCUCCACGAGAAUCAUACGGUAACUGUAAGGUUACAGGAUGGGGAAAACGCAUUUUACAAUUGCACGCUAGAGGCGCCAUAAUGCACCAUAUCGAUGCACAGUUGAUCGACAAGAAGCAAUGUACAGAUACUGUGAAUGAGAAGUUCCAAGAUUCAGCAUCAACGCUUAAAGAUCAUACAUUGUGUGUUACAUCAGAGAUCGAUCAGUGCAAGGUCGAUUACGGUAGUGCUUUAGCCUGUACAAACGACCAAGGUAAAUACGUCCUAUCGGGAAUAUACGCCUGGGACACAGGCUGCAAACAGGAAGGCCAAAUAGGAGGCUACAUCCCAACGGACGUCACGUGGGUCGAAGAAAGUCUAAGAAAACCUUUGAAAGAGUUGAGACGGUUAGAUAGAGAAUAUUUGCUCAACAGCAACAAAUAACUUAGCAGAAACGAAUUGUUAUAGUCCUUUCUAGAGAUAUAAGCAUUACUGAAGAGAAACAAUUUUAUAUUACUGUAAAUUUUUUGUUAUGUAAAUACUUAUAAUAAACAUGUGAUAGAUGUAUUACAAAUAUCUUCGGACUUUAUUUAUUUAAGGUUUAAGAAUGCCAGUAACUUUUUUGUAUAUUUUUUGUAUUAUUUAAUUUUAACAAAAACUGCCAUAUUGUCUAUUUUGUAAAUUUUCUCUAGCUACCUACUAUGUUAAGUUUGUACGAAAAUUAAAAAGGGAAUAAACAGCAAUUAAUAAUUUUCUACCAGUUUUGAUUUUAAAUGUAGCUUAAAUGUUAAACAAAAUAGGUUAAGUGUAAUAUAAUAAAAAUAUAGGUACCUA